AUGAAUUUCUGCAAAACUAGUCUUAAUAAAUGCUUGGAAAAGAAGUCUUGUAAGAACACAAUUGGAAAUUACACAUGUUCUUGCCCUAAGGGACAUCAAGGAGAUGGUAAAAUAGGAGGACAGGGUUGCUCUAAUGAUCAACAACUAGGCAAACAGAUCAUUCUCGGGGUAAGCAUAGGCAUCCUUGUUCUUCUUAUGGCAGUGUCUUGGUUCUACUUAGGUUUUAGAAAAAUGAGACUUAUUAAACUGAAGGAAAAACAUUUUCAAGAAAAUGGUGGUCAAUUGUUCCUGCAAAAAAAUUCUGAUCAUGGCCAAACCUCUACCAAAGCAGCUAAAAUUUAUACUGAAAAUGAUCUGAAAAAAGCAACAGAUAACUUCCAUGACAGUCUAAUUUUAGGUAAAGGUGGACAAGGUACAGUCUACAAAGGUACACUACCAGAUAAUCAAAUAGUUGCUGUCAAGAAAUCAAAAAUAGGAGAUGACACCCAAGUUGAAGGGUUCAUUAAUGAAGUUAUGAUUUUAUCUCAAAUCAAUCAUAGAAAUAUAGUCAAACUGUUGGGUUGCUGCUUAGAGACUCGAGUCCCAUUGCUCGUUUAUGAGUUCGUGACAAACGGAACUCUAUUUGAUCAUAUUCAUAGUAAUAAUGGUGCAGAUGGAAGAAUUUUAAUUCCUUGGGAAACACGUUUAAGAAUAGCGACUGAAGUUGCGGAAGCACUUUCUUACAUGCAUUCGGCUGCUUCUACCCCAAUUAUUCAUCGCGAUAUUAAGUCUGCAAACAUACUCUUAGACAAGAAUUACACUGCAAAAGUAUCCGAUUUUGGAGCUUCGAAGUUAAUUCCUUUAGACAAAAGUGAGUUGACAACACUAGUGCAAGGAACUUUUGGAUAUUUAGAUCCGGAGUACUUUUAUUCGAGCCAGUUAACCGAAAAGAGCGAUGUUUAUAGUUUCGGAGUUGUUCUUAUAGAACUAUUGACAAGAAAGAGGCCGAUAUCUUUUACGAGGAUAGAAGAAGAGAGGAAUUUGGCAAUGUAUUUUGUUACUUCAAUUCAAGAAAAUCGAUUGCUUCAAGUUGUUGAUUAUCUAUUAAUAAAUGAGAAGAAUAAUGAGGACAUAAAGAGAGUGGCAAUGUUGGCAAAAAAGUGUGUAAGUUUAAAAGGAGAUGAAAGGCCUAAAAUGAAGGACGUGGCAAUCGAGUUAAGAGGUUUGUGCUCAAUAGAGAAACAUCCAUGGGAGAAGAAUGAUCUAUUAUGUGAACAAGAAACACAACGUUUGCUUCCAAAUUCACCUAAUUAUUUUAAUACGGAUGCUACCAUUCAUAGCAUUGCUAUGAACGAUAGUGUAGUGAAUUCAGCCAUGUUCGAAAUCGGAAGUGGGCGUUGAUUGUGGUUUGAUACCAAAG